AUGUUGGGGGGUUAUCUGGGUUGGAUACCCCUACUUUUUGAGCCACUGGCCGACUAUUAUAUCCCGCCCAUUCAGCCCCAAGAUCGGUUGCGUCCCGAGAACCGGCCUUGGCAGGAGAUUAUCACUGGAUUGUAUGGCGUUCCGCCCCUGAUCAAAAUCCAUGACCGAGAGGGCACGGUUAAAUGGAAGUUCGAGCGCGAUGACGUCCAUCAGGAGCUUCCGCCGGCCUUGCAACGCUGCUUAUAUGCCUCGGCCAACGACGCAACCGAGCUCAAAUGGCUGCGAGAUGGCACCGCGGUCGCGGCUAUCUAUAGUGAUCUUGCCCUGAUCAUCAAUCAUACCCCGGAUGAUCCGACGACCGACAAGAAAAUCACCUUUGCGGUCUGCAGAGAUAACGAAUUUCUGUGGAAUGCGCACAGUGUAGAGCCGUUGCCCGGUGAUCUGCUGGCAGUAGCCACCACGGGGCAACGGCCUUGGGAUGGCAUUCUGGUGUAUAAUGCCAGCACGGCCAACCCGCUGGUCGAUGAUCCGCCCGUGCUGCAGAACAUCACCGGUCUCCGGGCCAUCCAUGCCAUGGUUUGGGACGAACAGGCCCAGAUGCUGUGGGCGUGUGGAACGGAUGUCGCAGCCGACGGGUCCGAUCCUGUUCCAGCACACGGUGUCAUCCAGGGCUACCCGUUCGACAUGUCGACGGGUCAGCUUCGCAAGGAUGAUAGAUACAUCUUCCGAAUGGAACAUGCAUAUGACAUCGACACGGAAUGGGGCCAGGGAUAUUCCUGGUGGGCUGGACCUCACGACCUCGUGCCUGUUCCUAAUCAGCGUAAAUUUCUCAUGUCGAAUGAUCGGGGUGUCUUUGAGUUUGAUAUCGAGAAAGGCGAGUUUGUUGCCGAAUUCGAGGAAGUGAUUGAGAAGUACAUGAGAGGGUUUGAAGUUACGACAAGCGAUCGCCAUGGGUAUAAUCGCGAAGGUAAAUGGGAAGAACUCCCCGAGUCAGACUUGAAAAGCUUCAACCUUGCCCCCGAUGGAAGUUUCAUUUAUGUCCAGUCGCUGUGGCAAAAGUUCCGGGGAUUUCAUACCAGCCUAAUUGUCAAUGGCGUGAGAAAGAAGAUUAAUGUUGGUGAUGAAAUAUACCGAUCACGGUGGUAUGGGGAUAUCGAUGGCUGGCCUAAGCCCAAAUCAUAA